AUGCCUAGGAAAGUGGCGGCUUCUUUGGCCGCGUCUAAACGAGGUGGCGUCUUGACGUCAGCAAACCGGGUUAGGGCGGCAAGUGGAACGGUGAUGAGAUCAGAGGCAGCACCCACAGCUAGCGCUAUCAGCACAUCGACUGGGGUUACCUUGAAAGUGUAG